UAGCAUCUUCUAACGCGCGAUCCAAAGAUCACCGUGCUCUCUCUCUCUCUCUCUCUCUCUCUCUCUCUCUCUACGCUUUCCUAUCCCCGAAUCCACCGAUCGAGGUCGCCCAUGGCGUCGUCGAGCAAGUCGAAGCGGCGACUACUAAUUGAAGAGGAGGAUGAAGAAGAAGAGGAAGAAGAAGACGAGGACGAAACCGCAGAAGAGAUUGAGAGAUUUGAUGAUUUCACUAUCGCAUCAUCAUGGGAAAGAUUCAUAUCAGAUGCAGAGGCUGUUUGCCGUCAAUGGCUAGCCGAUGGUCCGAAGAAUUUGGUGGAGAAAGGCGCAGAACGUUUGGGUUCUCAGGAGAAGUUAUGUAGGGUCAAAUGUGAAUUGAAGUACGGGAAAAAAAUGUACUGCAUGGAAUAUCAUUUUGAGAUCUCUACUAUGGGAAAGUCCACGUAUUGGGACCAUGAUUUGCAUAAUUUGCAAUUAUCAUUCGGAGUCGCUGAGUUUCUGGUUAUUGCUCCCUUGAGUGCUAGUGGUGUGGUUCUUGAUGAUCCUGAGUCGACUAAGCUUCUAAGUGCUGUUGCUAUUGCUUUGUCAAACUGUGGCAGUAAUUGGCCUGCAUUUGUUCCUGUGCAUGAUCCUUCCCGAAAGGCAUAUAUAGGCAUCCAAAAUAUGGGGACAAUAUUUACUCGACGGUUUGAAGCUGACCGGAUUGGUAGCCAGGUGCCUAUACGACUAAUGCAUUUGGAGGGGUUAUAUGAGUUGUUUCUGUCGAAAAUUGUCUUAGACUCGUCAGAUUUUACGGCAAGCUACAUCAAGGUACACUUUGCAAUGAAGCUUACCUACAGAACACCUCCAUAUGAUUAUGAUGAUGAAGUGGACAGUUCAGAACAAGAGGUUAGAGAAUCAGAAGGAGAAACAGAUAGAUUGGCUCGUAUGAAAACGCAGUGGGAUGAUGAUUGCCCAUGGACAGAGUGGUAUUCUGCUGAGGAUCCUGUCAAAGGUUUCGAAUUGAUUGCCAUUUGGUCGAGCAAAAUGUUUGAAGGGUCUCUUGAGAUGGCUGAAUUGGAAAAUGCUUCAUCAUUUGAUGCUGAGAAAUGGCUUCUUUAUCCCAUUGUGUCUCCAACAAUGGUUGAUGAUUCUAUUGGGAAGUUUGUUGGAUUUGCCUCCCAACUACAUCUUCUAGUAAGUGCGUUGGAGUUGUCCUUUGAUGCCCAAUUUCUGGAAGACUUUGUGGCAGCUGAAAACCCAGCUUCUGAUAAUUCGAAGUCUGCAACAGCUGUGCCCCCACCAACAGUUAUUGACCGUGUUCUUAAAGAACUUUUCCAUGAUGAAAUUCAGAGUUCAAGUCAUGUGGAUGUUGAAAAUAGAUAUUCUCGUGCUAUCAAAGGCGCACCCCUGGAAUCCCUUUUUGCUCAGUUUUGUUUGCAUGCACUGUGGUUUGGCAACUGCAACAUACGUGCAAUAGCUGUUCUCUGGAUCGAAUUUGUACGUGAAGUUCGGUGGUGCUGGGAGGAGUCAGAACCAUUACCAAGAAUGUCAUCAAAUGUUUCUAGCAUUGAUCUUUCUGCCUGUCUUGUACAUCAAAAAUUGCAGAUGCUUGCAGUGUGCAUAGAGAGGAAGAAAUCACGGAAUCAUGAUAUCAUUGAUAACUCAGAAAAUAAAUAUCAGAAGGCCAGUAGUAGUAAGACAGAUUUAGAAGCUGACCUACAUACUGAGCCUCGGGAUGAUAAAAUUGACAGGACGGAUCCUAAAUUAUUUAUAAACUGCAGUUCUUUGCGAUCAGAUGUGCAUCCAAAUCUGGAAGAAACUACGACGGACUUGAGUAAAGAUGCUAAAUAUGCAGUGCCAUCUUCAGACCGGCAAUCAAAGCAUAGAGAACGGAGAGGAUCAGCUGGUGUCGUGCCAUCUAUGAUGCUCCUACGUUCAUUUCAGGAGAUGCAUGCUCCGUAUACUCAGGAUCCACCAUUAAUGACAGAAGAUAUGCAUGAAGAGAGGCUUCAUGCAGUUGAAGCUUUGGGUGAUGAAGCUGGCUUCUCUGGUCAGCUAGAAAGGGACAUCUUGUCCUCAGACAUGUCAGCCUUCAAAGCUGCAAAUCCAGAUGCUGUCUUUGAAGAUUUUAUCCGGUGGCAUUCACCUGGUGACUGGGAGACUGAUGAAACAGAAUACAAAUCUGGAAAGAAUUCAGAUUGGCCACCUCGAGGAAAACUCUCACAGAGAAUGUCUGAAUAUGGGAAUAAGUGGAGGAAGAUAUGGAAUGAGGCUCCUCCUUUGCCUGUCUCUGAGCAGAAGCCUCUACUUGACCCAGUCCGAGAAGGGGAAAAGAUACUGCAUUACCUUGAAACUUUGAGGCCCCACCAGCUGCUUGAGCAAAUGGUGUGCACUGCCUUCAGAGCAUCAGCUGACACACUGAGCCAGACCACAUAUGGUGACUUCAAGCAAAUGAGAACAAAAAUGGAUCAGCUUUAUCUUACAUUAGCAUCUACUUUGAAGUCUGUACAAGGAAAUCAGCUUUCUGACGUGUCUGAGUUGACUGGAGACGUGAGACAGCUUUGUCUUGUUUUUGAGCACAUUGAGAAGCUACUGUUUCUAGCUGCUUCAAUCCACCGGAAGCUAGUGGAUGCACCACGUCUUUCUGAAGCAAUUUUCAAUGACUAUUUCACUUUCUAUCUUCCAAAGAUGGGUACCAGUUUGACAAGCAUUUGCUAUGACAAGGAGUUCAAUAGCAGGCAACCAGUGAGGAUGGGUGAAAGAGAUGCUGUGGCACAUCUAUUUCCUCCACCUACUGCUAACCAGUCAUGGAGGAAAGUUUUGAGCAUGGGGAAUCUUCUGAAUGGCCACGAACCAAUCUCAAGGGAGAUUAUAUUUUCGGUCAAUGACAGAGUAAGCGAUGCUCAUUAUGGAAGCAUUAAUCCAGUGGCCACUGCUGGAGAAAUCGAGAUACAUCGGAUGUACAUACACGGGACAUCCAAUGAUCUUUGGGUUGCAUUAUCUGUGACAUCGUGGGACUGAAUGGCCUUAUCACAAAAUAAGCCUGGAUCGAGAGUGCUAAUUUGGUGUUUAUUUGCUUGUGAUGGUCUUGUCAUGGUACAUGUUUUGAGUCUACAAGAACGCAAUCUAUAAGAAGCUUUUGGAGAAAAACAAGGUAGAUGAUUGAUCGGGGCCUGGGAUACUGCUCAGAAGGUUCACUAGCAGGGUUUUUUUAACCAUGAGAAAUUAACAGGGUGGCCUUGCACAAUUAAUAAACAUGAUAUCGAGUGGGAAGUAUUGUUUCGCAAUGAUUGAGAUCCCUAGUAAUGCUAUCAAAGAAGAGUGUCGUGGGCUGAAGGAUAUUUCAUGUGGGUUGCUCACAUCAUUCCGGCAGAAAAGUGGUACUUACAGACAUGUAUGAGCAAUGUAUGAGCAAUUUAUUAUUACGAUCAAUUUAGAAACAAUUUAUAGUAAAGAAACAAUGACUGGGAUUUGAAAGUUUCUUUAGAGAGGUAAAAACUCUUUCCUUUAUGUUGGAAA